UCUUCCUCAGGGUCAGUCUGCAAUGCAGAGCAGGAGGUAGGGGACAGCUGGCCGGGUUACCUGCUGUGGGAGAGGGCGCUGAUCAGCCAGCAUGGCCAGGUUCGCACUAACCAUCGUUAGACAUGGGGAAACACGAUACAACAAAGAAAAACUGCUCCAAGGCCAAGGGAUAGAUGAGCCUCUCUCGGAGAUGGGAGUUAAGCAGGCAGAAGCUGCUGGUAGAUUUCUUAGUAACGUCAUGUUUACGCAUGUGUUUUCAAGUGACUUGAUCCGUGCUAAGCAAACCGCUUGCAUCAUUAUGAAGAAUAACCAACUGUGUGAACCCAUUGCCAUUAAAUAUGACUGCAGACUGCGAGAAAGGAGAUAUGGAAUUGCAGAGGGUCGGCCCUUGAGUGAGUUAAAGGCAAUGGCAAAGCAGUCCGGACAGCAGUGUCCUUCAUAUACACCUCCAGGUGGCGAGACUCUUGAACAGGUUAGAGCUCGUGCCAAAGACUUUUUUAAGUAUUUAUGUCAGUUGGUGUUUGAGGAACUGCGCAGUAAAGACCAGUCAGAAUUAGGUGCCACAGGAAUAUCCAAGAUCUCGUCGUCUGACCUUUCUCCUUUUGUAAAACAUAGCAGUAACGCUAUACCACAUAAUACCAAUGAUAAUCAUGUCCCUCUGGAUGCAAAUAUCCUAUUGGUCAGUCACGGAGCCUACAUGAGAAAUUGGAUCAAAUAUUUUGUAGAAGAUCUACAGUUUACAUUUCCUCCUAAUCUAAAGAUGUCUCGAGAAUUGUCUGUAAGUCCCAACACUGGGAUCAGUCAUUUCAUUGUGAAUGUGGAAUCUGAGGAACCCUUUAAACCUAAAAUACAUUGUGUUUGUAUUAAUCGUCAUGAUCAUCUAGCAGACAUGAAUGCCGACACCAGCCAUUAUGUUGUAUGAUGUAUACAGACUGCACUGCAUUGUGAGCAGUCAGUCAUCAGCUUUAUAUUAUUGGACUUAUACAGUUGCUUGCAAUGUUUAAAGGAGCAUUAUAGUGUAGUCCUGAAGUGACUGUCUGGGUGACCGUCCCCCUCCGUUCUCUGAAAAGGCAGUGUUUACAUUAAAAAAACUUGCAGGGACAUGCUAUACACAAGACCCACUACAUUAAGCUGUAGUGGUUCUGGUAAUAUAGUGUCCCUUUAACUAGCAGUGAGAAGAUGACCUGGAAAUUGGGUUAGCCAACUGUGGGAAUAGGCUAACUUUAGGAGUUGUAAUCGGACCGCAUAUUUAGGGUCACACUAGGGUACACAUGGUCCAAUCUGCAAUCCAACAUCUACUUAACUCGAUGACGCUGCUUUGUAUCUUUGCAUGCAAUAGUUAUACUUAUUACAACUUUCACCAAAACAAAAUCAUUUUAAAUAUGUUUACAGGUGAACCAUGUAUUAUUAGAAAUGCUCCUUAUUUAGUUCAGAUAGAUUUAAAACGUUAGUUAUUCCUGAUCCACAGAAUUCACUAGUAUUACAGUUCCUACUAAAUUGGUUUAUCAGCUGAAACAGUAGCUUGCAAAAAAAACCAUAGGAAUGGCUAUUAGUUGGCUAUGAUAAUAAUAUCCUUAUGAUAAAUCUGCACUAAUAGUUUUAGAAAUGUGUGUGAGCUUUAGUGAAAACUACUGCUGUUAUUUAAUCUUCAGGGAUUAUAUGAUGUUUAAAUAAUAUAAGAUAAGUCUAAACACAAGAUGCACAACUCAAGAAAUGCUAAUAUAAAUAUAGCUUUAUCAUCAAUAGUAUGUCACAAUAGCAAACAUAAGGACAAACAAAAAGUGAGGAGGCUAGAAAAUAAACAUACAGCAACACAGAUCACAUUAAUAGCCUGCCAGAGUCAGACACAAAUCACCAUAAAAAAACAAACAGUGUUUCGGCACGCUUAGGUGCCUUUCCCAGUGUAAUUUUAAAUCCAAAAUAUCACCGCUCUAAUCCAGCAUUUCACAGUUCAGCUUAAGCAUUAAACCCAUGCAAUAAAUUAUCUGGUGAGAUUUCCAGUAUUUAAUAGCUACAACCCUAUUACACUGGGGUUUGUACACUAGGCUAUUUGUUAUUAACCAACUUACAAAAUUUAGACUAUUUUGGAAAAAAAUUCCAAUUUGGCUACUUUGGCACACACCGCAACAAAUCUGUCGUGGUCAGAGUUUUGAUUCUCAACCACUCCACUGAGCACUUAUUUAUUUUGAAGAUGUCUACAAGUGGAACUGUCACUUCUAAGAAGUAACAGCUCCUUCUACCUUCAUCCUAGUAAAUGCUGCGGCAGCAUUGGCAAAAAAACUUCCAUUAACCUCCAUUGCACCUCUGCAUUCAGGAAGAUGUAUCUACCCAUGAUGCUUCAGGCAUGCUUAUGGGUAAGAAAUUCAAUGCAAGUGCACACACACACUGUGAUUUCUCCAGCAGUGCCGUAAGCAAAUGUUAACUUAUUUGCAUGCAUUGCUCUAAAUUAUUUUAAAUAAAGAAAUAAGAAAUAGUGCAGCCAAUAGUUGUGUAAAAUUUUUAACUAAUGGCAUCUGUAAAACUCUAAAGGGGCUAAAUGUGUAAUGUAAGCACAAAAUUAUUAUUGAUUAUUUACUGAGUGUUUUUGUUUGGGCAUCCUGUAACAAUUUACUAUGCAUGUUACAGAGUACAUGUUGUGCAGCCCUUCUCUAUUAAUGCACAGUAAUCCUAGGCAUCAUUGCCAAAUAUCUGAAAAUGUAUUAUACACCUAGUAUAAUAUGAAAUUACUCACUAUGUGAAUACAUAGAUAAACAUAUAAGAUUUCAAUAAGACUUAAUUAUUUGAAGGUGAUAGGUCCACCUUGUGUUAAAGUUGUCUUGCAUGUGAAAGUCUCCAGGCCUAGCAGGCUAAUGUGAGUGUUAACAUGCAGCUGAUGACACAAUGUAUACUGUUCUUAAUUCCUAUUAACAGUGGACUGGUAAUAUACUCUUCCACCAGGUCCCCAUAAUUUUCACUGAAUAUAACGAAGUAUAACUUAAGUAUGCUGUGUUCUCUCAAAAUGGGUUGCUUUAAAAGAUAUGAUUUGUGUCUAGAAUAAGCAUAGGCUUUUUUUUUUGUUUUGCAUUUUCGUAAUUGGUUUUGUAAAGAGUAGAGCGUAAAUAUCAUACUUUAUACAGGGGAUCGUAAACCCUGGCUGAAAUAUAGGGCAGAGUUUGAGUUGACUACUAUAUACAAUUAGUCUUCAACAAGAGAAUACCAUUUAGUUUUUCAGCCCAUCAGAUCUAGUGGCUAUUAAAUGAAUAGUUUCCAAAUGAUUUAGUAUGACAUCAUCUAAAACAUCACCAGUUGGAUUAGAAAUUGAAUGUGGUUAAUGAGAUUAAUUGUAGAUUUGUUACUUUUCUGCCAUGCCAGAAGAACCUCUGUAGUCAGGAUUAUUCACUAAAUUGUGAGUCAUCAGUAAUUAAGAUCAAUUCAAGGGGAAUUUCAUAAUGUGGUUAAAAUAAGCCAAAGUGAAUCCAUAGUUAACAUGGAAUCUUUUUCCAGUUGUGUCCAAAAAUUAACUUCAAUUAUCUGUUAAUUCACGUUUACAUUAAUAACCUUGUCUAUGUUUAUAGGCAUAGCUAUGACUAUAGCUAUAAUAAUAAACAACAGAUAUUUUUUUUCCUCUUGCAUUAUACAUCAGCUUAAAGAGCUUACAUAAAUGCUAUAUAAAAGUAACAUUAAGGGGAUAUGAACAGGGAGCUACCACAGCGAGACUACCUCUGCCGUUAUAUCCUAUAUAUCCAACUACCGUGAUAUAUUAAAUAUUAUAUUCACUUUAUAGGAUUGUAUACCUUUCAGGCUCAGAAAUGUUGAUGGGCUGGAUCCCAUUAAAUAAGGAUGUAAUACAUUAGAGCAUGUGCACUUUUUAAACAUUGUGGGUCACAACAAAAAACGUGAAAUUAAUUUACUUAAUAGGCUUUUCUGAUUCAAAAAUCUUUUGACUUUCAUUUGGUCACCAAUUUAGUAAUUUACAUAUAGUCCUCAUCAAAGAUAUCCUCUCAUUCAUGGGAACACAUGUCAAACUAGAACGUCAAAAGAUGCCUCAUAUAGGCCUUUCUACUAUGUCAAUGAUUUAUAUCUGAUUUUUACUAGAUAGCUUAGGAAUCUAGACUAGACCGGUAUGAUCUCUCGAUCUCUCGAUCUCUCUCUCUCUCUC